GUUGCAUGAUCAGCCUAUCUGUCUUGCGCGAACCCCUUUUUUUUGUCUGGCGAUGGAGUAUUCAUCUAACGAUAUCGCAGCGGCGACGAGUUUGCAGGCCUUCACUUAUAUGUAUGCUCAGUGUCGAUGACGACAUUCUGGGUGGGAUUGUUCCGAUGCGUUCCCGUCCGCUGUCUAACUUGCUUAUCCAGACCUAUGAUUAUUGGAUAUUUCUGCUUCAAUCGCGUUGGACCAAAGUAAAAGGCCUUUACAUCGUUACACGGCAUCUCCCCUUUCUCCUACUCAUCACGGAUAUAUAUCUGAGCUUCACCCCAAACGAGAACCUAGGUGAAUGCCGGACAUUGGACAAUAUUUGCUCAGGUCUCGGCGCGUUAUCAGUUAUUUGCUCCGAAUGCUUUUUCAUCCUCAGAACAUAUGCGCUCUGGAACAACAAUAGAAUCCUACUCGCAGUCAUGUUGUCCACCUUUCUCGCUUUUAUCGUAGCAGCUAUUAGCACUGCGUUUGCCAAUACCGUUUCCGCAUCAUAUGCGACCAGCCGUAUCCCGGGUAUUACAGGCUGCUACCAGAGCUCGGACAGCGUCCAGCUCUUCAUACCGUUUCUCCUCUUGACCGUACUCGAACUUGGACUGAUGAUCCUCACACUCAUACACGCCAUACAGAACUGGCAGGUGACCAACGGCCAUCUGUAUAUUGUCCUGCUGAAGCAUAACAUACUUUACUAUGCAUGUGGUCUUUUUUUCUCGGUGGUAAAUAUCUUCACGUCGCUGCUCCUCCAUUAUGCAUACCACGCCAUGCUGCACGAUUUUCAGUUCAUCAUUCUUGCAAUUCUCGCCACGCGAAUGCACCGCCAUCUCUGGCAUGAAAUCAGCCCUGAUGCCCUGAUGCGUAUUCCUAUGUCCGACAUGUUAACUGCAGACCGUAUAGUGUGACGU